CACCUGGCCCAAAAGGUGACAAGGGGGAUCAAGGUGACCAGGGACCAAGGAUGGUCUUCCCUAAGAUAAAUCAUGGCUUUCUUUCUGCUGAUCAGCAACUCAUUAAACGUCGACUCAUUAAGGGUGACCAGGGUCAAGCAGGGCCCCCAGGGCCUCCUGGACCUCCAGGUCCCCCAGGCCCCAGGGGACCCCCAGGGGACACAGGAAAAGAUGGUCCUCGGGGAGUCCCAGGGCUCCCUGGAGACCCUGGAAUGCCAGGAGAGAUUGGUCAAAUGGGACCUGAGGGCCCUCCAGGACAGAAGGGUUCCAUUGGGCCACCUGGUAUUCCAGGUAUCGAUGGAAUGAAGGGUGACAGAGGUGAACGGGGUGAAAAGGGAGACAUGGGAGAGGAGGGGCCAAAAGGUGACCCUGGAGAGAAGGGUGAUGCUGGAUCCUCUGCUGCUGGAAUCAAGGGUGAGCCUGGUGAGCCAGGGCGCGGAGGACAAAAGGGUGAGCCAGGACUUCCAGGGCUGCCUGGACUCCCAGGGAUUAAGGGUGAACCUGGAUUCUUUGGGCCUCAAGGUGAACCUGGGCUUCCAGGCCUGCCAGGAACUAAGGGAGAGAGAGGAGAACAAGGACCGCCUGGCAAGGGUGAACGUGGUGAGACAGGUCCAGCAGGACACAAGGGAGAGCAGGGGGAACCAGGAGCACCAGGCCUGAAAGGUUCAAAGGGGGAUUCAGGAGACAAUGGUGAUGUAGGCCCAACAGGAUCACAAGGGCCACCUGGGGAGAAAGGUGACCAGGGUACAACUGAAAUUAUAGACUACAAUGGAAACAUCCAAGAGGCUCUUCAGAAGAUAACUACUAUUACAGUUACGGGUCCCCCUGGGCCUCCUGGACCAGUUGGACCAAAGGGGAUGAAGGGUGAUCAGGGUGUUCCUGGACUUCCUGGCCUGGAUGGUGAAAGGGGUCACAAAGGUUCAAAGGGGGACAUGGGAAUCCCUGGAAUAUCAGGAGAAAAGGGAUCAAUGGGUCUUCCUGGAUUACAGGGUGUGAAUGGUCUGAAAGGAGACAAAGGAGACACUGGUUUGCCUGGCCCUCAGGGACCCUCGAUUAUUGGGCCCCCUGGAGCACCUGGUCCACAUGGACCACCUGGCCCCAUGGGUCCUCAUGGAUUCCCUGGGCCAAAGGGGGAACCUGGGUUGCAUGGUCUCAAGGGACUGCGAGGGGAACCUGGGCAUAAGGGUGACAGAGGACCCCUGGGUCUCCCCGGUAUGGAUGGACCACUUGGGACUCCUGGUCCAGCAGGUCCAAAGGGCGAUAGAGGUGAGAAGGGUGAUGUUGGUGAUCCUGGACCCAGAGGGCCAUAUGGGUUACCUGGAGCUGCUGGAACACCUGGAAUGGAUGGGUUACCAGGCUUAAAGGGAGACAAGGGCAACAUGGGGGAAAGAGGAGAAAAGGGUUUCCGGGGCUUUAAGGGUGAAAAGGGCGAGCCAGGUCAGCCUGGCCUGGAUGGGCUGGAUGCCCCGUGCCAAUUGGGUCCAGAUGGACUCCCAAUGCCUGGAUGUUGGCAGAAGUGAUCGGUCUAACACAAAACGCAUGGAGUUUGUAAAUAAGGCUUCACUUUUUUUGUAAA